AUGGGUGAGCUCACAAAAAACACACCGCACAAGUCAUCCAAAACCACAGCUCGACCCACUUUUAUUUCCAUUCGAUGCGAAGAUGGUGGAGGCGGCGCGGCGACAGGAACGGGCGGGCGGACGGCGUCGCUACGGCUCGCGAACGGGCGAGUGGCGGCACAGUCGGCCGAGCAACUACCCCACUCGCCCGCAGAUUGCGCCUCCGUGCGCAUCUCCAUGGACAACACCAACACCUGCUGCACCGACUCGCUCGUCACCGCCCUCGACGACGAGACUCUGCUGCUAGGUAACUACUGUAAGGAAACUUUUAUAUCAUACUAUCUUUAUAUUGCUAUUAAACCUAAAACAUGGCAAUUUGUAGCAUAG